CACACGUAUGCAUUAGAUUAACUGUCCGAAGCAUGAACAUGGAUUCUGCAGUGGAACACUUGCUAAAACAAUACAACGAUUCUAUUAAAAGUUAUAAUAUAUCUGAAAGUAUGUUAAAACAAUAUGUUAUUGCUGAAGACCUCUCAAAGGAUAUGACUAUAACUGUGCUUCCAGUAACAUUAUUAAUUGCCGUGGAAGUUUUGCUUGGAACGCUUGGAAAUAUAUUUAUUCUUAUAGUUUACUACAAGUGGUAUAAGAUUUGUAGUUUUCGAUGUUUUGUGCUGUAUAUGGCAUUUAUUGAUCUGACUAGUGCCUUAACGACGCUCCCGGGAGAGAUUGUAUCCCAGACUAACUGGUACAGUUAUCCUUCCAACGCUCUGUGCAAGGCCAAGUCGUUUUUCAACGUAUUUACUGUUUGGUCGACAGGACUACUUCUAUUUCUGUUAUCUUACGAUAGAUACAGGAAAAUAUGUUAUCCUUUAUUACGGCAGAUUCCUGUUAGAACAUCUGCUAGAUUGUGUUUUGCCAGUGUAAUGUUCGCUUUAUUCAUAUCGUCCCCUACAGCAGUAUUCUGGGGAAUCCAGUCAUAUGAUUACAAUAAAGGAAAUAGUUCAAUAAGAGUAAGAAUAUGUGAAAAAGCAGACUCUUACGCGUAUGAUUUAGUUCCUUUUGUUUACAUGCUAUGCGCGUUUGUGACACCAAUGUUCUUUAUUAUGUUAACAACUGCUAUAUUAAAUAUAUGCACUGGAAAGAAUCUACUAAUUGGGCUAAGGCAAGAAAAUAAAUGUACAAAUAAUGGAGAAAGUCAAACUGCUUUAGAAAAGGACGAAGUGAGUUUUCAAUUUUCCACUCAUUGCCUUGGAAGUGAUGACUCGUUUACUCCUUAUACACUUAAACGGAGAUUUAGCUUUCCAGCUGGGUUAUCAACGAUAAGACGAAAACUUCUGUCCGAUCAUGUAGCGAAUUUAAAAAAAUCUGGGCGACAGCUUGAAGCGAUUCCUGAAAAUCAUGACGGCCUGGCAUCAGCUGAAAAACAAACACAGGCCGAAUUGUUAUCUAAACGAAGAAUUAAAUUUCAUAGAAGAAACUUUUAUUCCGAAUCGGAUGCAGAUUAUCCACACAAAUCAUCAAGGCGUAUGAAUAUGUGGCAAACGAGGUGUUUAAGAAAUCGGCUCAGUGUCAGGCGCAGGAAAACAUUUAUUAUGCUCGUCUUAUCUGUUGUUUUUAUUGUUACAAUGUCGUUAUACCUCGGACUAGUGUGUACUGUUGCAAACACCGAAGGAGUGUUAAAAUCUUUGACAAAACUACAGACAGUUCAGUUUUUCUUUUUCUGGAGACUAUAUUUCAUUAACACACUUAUUAAUCCAAUAUUGUAUGGUUUUAUGGAUCAGCGAUUUAGAAAAGGUCUUGUGCGAUUAUUCUGUAGUAGAGCUUUUUAUUUACAAAAAUACAGUUCUAGCGUCUUCAGUUAAAGUUAUGUUCAAACAUUAAGUAUGCACUUUGCAAUAACAGUAGCAUUUGUAUUCAUGACUAAGUUAAAUAUUAUAGAACACAGAGUUUUAUAACCAUCACAAAAGUGUAUUUUUAAUUCAUACAAAACGAUUCAAGGUAGUGAAAAGAUGCAACGAAUCUGUUUUAAUACUCAGAAAUUACUAUCUCUAAUAGAAGACUCUUUAUUGUCCUACCAAUGGAAUAAUCAAAGCUCUGAGCUAUAUUUCUGUUUGAAUACUCAGAAAUCACCAACUUUAACAGAAGACUUUUUAUUGCUCUACAAAUGGAAUAAUCGGAGCUCGGGGCUAUAUUUCCGAACCAGCAUUACUAGGCCUCAAAGUUCAAAGACUGAUGUACAAAUCCUUGACUUCUUGGAUGAAUUUCUUCUUAUCUGUAUGAUAACAUGUCUGGUACAGAAAAAUAUUACGUAGGAAACAAGUUUUGUCUUUUUUUUUGAAAAAAUCUUUCUAUAAUUUUUAAAAUUUAUUUUCUCUUUAUAUUUUUUUCUUGUAGACGUCAAUUAUUUGAAGAAAACUAUAACUCUUUAUUAUAUACAUUAUAAUUAUA